AUGCGGCGGCUCCGGCGCCGGGCGCACCUGCUGCUGCUCUGCCCCUUUGCCAAGGGCUUGCAGGGGCGCCUCCCUGGCCUCAGGGUCAAGUACGCCUUCCUGCUGUGGCUGGGCAUCUUCGCGGGCAGCUGGCUGCUGUAUGGGCGCUACUCGGCUUACUCGGAGCUGUGUCGCGGCCACGUGUGCCAGGCGGUCAUUUGUGACCAGUACCGCAAAGGUGUCAUCUCGGGCUCCGUCUGCGAGGACCUGUGCGAGCUGGGCAGGGUGCAGUGGAAGGCCUGCCGCUCCUCAUCGCCCAGCCGGCAGGUGUACAGCGGCCUCUGGCGGGACACGGAGGUGACCAUCAAGUGUGCCAUUGAGGAGGCCCGGGGGGACACGGCGCCCCGGCGGGAGCUGGCUCUCUUUGACAAGCCCACCCGGGGGACGUCCAUGAAGGAGUUCAGGGACAUGACCCUCGGCUUCCUUAAGGCAAACCUGGGAGACCUACCGUCCUUGCCCACGCUGGUGGGUCAGGUCCUGGUCCUGGCCGACUUCAACAAGGACAGGCGCGUGUCCCUGGCCGAGGCCAAGUCUGUGUGGGCCCUGCUGCAGAGGCACGAGUUCCUGCUGCUGCUGUCGCUGCAGGGCAAGGAGCACGCGGCCCGGCUGCUGGGCCACUGUGGGGACCUGUACCUCACCGAGGGCGCCCCGCGCGGCUCCUGGCACGGGGCCACGCUGCUCCCACUGCUGCCGCCCGCCCUGCAGCACUGGCUGGGACCAGCGUGGCCGUGGCGCGCCAAGGUGGCCAUCGGCCUGCUGGAGUUCGUGGAGGAGCUUUUCCACGGCUCCUACGGGACCUUCUACAUGUGUGAGACCACACUGGCCAACGUGGGCUACACGGCCACCUAUGACUUCAAGAUGGCCGACCUGCAGCAGGUGGCCCCCGAGGUGGCGGUCAGGCGCUUCCUGCAGGGCCGGCGCUGCGAGCACAGUGCCGACUGCACCUACGGGCGCGACUGCAGGGCGCCCUGCGACCGGCUCAUGCGGCAGUGCAAAGACGACCUCAUCCAGCCCAACCUGGCCAAGGUGUGCGAGCUGCUGCGCGACUACCUGCUGCCCGGCGCGCCGGCCGAGCUGCGCGACGAGCUGGGCCGCCAGCUGCGCACCUGCACCACGCUCAGCGGGCUGGCCAGCCAGGUGGAGGCGCACCACUCGCUCGUGCUCAGCCACCUCAAGACCCUGCUCUGGCGCAAGAUCUCCAACACCAACUACUCAUAG